AUGGUCGCCCGCCUAAACAGGAAGACCCAAAAGACGUCCCAGUCUGGGCGCAGCUUUCUGACCGAAGAGAACCUACGACUGCACAGCUCGGCAUGCGCCAAGCCUGCAACCACAUCUCCCAACCGUUCGGUGAUGGAAGACCGCACAUGGGCCGAGUCAUCCGAGUUGUACCGAUUCGAAGACGACGUGAGCGCAUCCGGCGAGGACAACGUGAACACGGCGAGAUACAACAUUGCCUUGAGGAAAGCCGCGUCCCUGGAAGCACUCCAGAUCUACGGGGGUUGCUUUACCUCUGGCUUCCUCGCCAUGACACAUGGGGACAUGGACGACGGCGACCUGUCGUGUCGUGACGCCGAGGGGCUCGAUCUGCAAAGACUCGCCUCAGACAUGGCUCGUGUGGAUACCGGCAGCACCGAGACUGGUUCGAGGUGUACCGGGAGCUGUGGCAGCCCACGCCCAGACUCGGACACCCUGAGUCGCGUGGACGCACGAGAGAGGGGUGAGAAGAGAUGGAGGUGGACAAGUUUGGGGAAGAAGAGGCGGAGCGAGAGGAAGGAGAGGAAGGCGGCGUGA